AUGGUGUUGUCCGACUACACCUAUGUAUUCGCCUUUGGCACAAUGUUUGCCUUGCUAGAGGCAUUCAACAACGGUGCUAAUGAUGUUGCGAACGCUUGGGCUACGAGUGUGUCGUCUCGCUCAGUGACGUACCGCCAGGCUAUGUUACUUUGCCUGGUCUUUGAAAUGACUGGUGCACUCGCCGUGGGUGCUCGAACUGCGUCGACGAUCAAAAAUGGAAUCAUCCCAAAUUCGGCCUUCGGAGACAAUGCUGGUGUUCAACUGCUCGCUUUCGCUUGCGCUUCUGCUGGUGCAUCUAUCUGGGUCAUGUGGUGUACUCGCAACUCUGCCCACGUCUCAUCCACAUACUCUUUGGUAUCCUCCAUCGCUGGUGUAGGUGUCGCCACCGUCGGUGCUAGCAAAGUACAGUGGGGAUGGAGUGGUGGCUCAGGUCUGGGCGCCAUCUUUGCAGGUCUUUGCAUGGCUCCUUUCAUCUCCGGUUGCUUUGGCGCGAUCACCUUCUUACUCAUCAAAUAUACCGUUCACAAACGCGCAGACCCAGUGAAGUGGGCAGUGUGGACGUCACCAUUUUUCUUUCUGAUCGCUGGAACGGUCUGCACCCUUUCGAUCGUUUACAAGGGUUCUCCCAACUUGGGUUUGGACAAGAAGCCCGCCUGGUACAUUGCGUCUGUCACUCUUGGUGUUGGCUUCGGGCUCUUCAUCCUGUCUGGUCUCUUCUUCCUGCCUUACGUACAUGCCAAGGUCCUAAAGAAAGAUUACACGCUCAAGAUUUGGGAUAUCUUCCAGGGGCCGUUGCUUUUCAAGAGACCGGCUCCUGCGGAUGCUGCACUGGCUAAGGUUCCCAACUACAACGUCAUCCAGCACGGUGGUGAAGAAGAGGACAACGGCGAGCUCGCUCCUCCCAGCCACCAUCACAGCCACAGCCAUGGAGACGUCGCCGAGAAGUUCGCUAAAUCUGCCGACGUGGAUGCUAUCGAUGCCGAUUCCGACAAUAGUUCUCCCAGUCCCGACCACGGUGAGAAGGCUCUUGCACGCGUUGAUCAAGGCGAGAACGCCCAGUACCAGGAUGCCAACGCACACUACAAAUCGCUCCUUGAAAAGGCCCGCCAACAGCACCAUGCGGAGCUCAGGACCAAGAAGGGUCCUCUUGGAUGGGCCAUGCGUACCUUGCACGCAAACCCCAUGGGCGCAGGCUCUAUCUACGAAGUGCACAAUCUCAAGGCUCUCAUGACUCGAUUGCCCGCGUAUGUUGUAAUCGCGCUGACAUAUGGUCUUCACUACGAUAUUCACAAGGCACAGGUUGGUGUUCUCGGCACUCCUGAAGGCCGCCGCAUGGAUCGCGUGUACUCCCAUGCUCCCAAGUAUGCCAACGAGACUGAAUACCUGUACUCCUUCGUCCAAGUCAUCACCGCCUGUACUGCCUCCUUCGCCCACGGUGCCAACGAUGUUGGUAACGCUGUCGGUGUCUGGGCUGGUAUGUACGCUGCCUGGAGCACUGGCAACACUGCCAAGUCUAAAGAGGAGGUCCCGCUCUGGCAGAUCGCUGUCGUGGCCCUGACAAUCUGUUUCGGUUUCAUCACAUACGGUUAUAACAUCAUGAAGGUCAUGGGCAAUAAGCUUACGUACCACUCCCCAUCUCGAGGAUCGUCUAUGGAGCUCGGUGCUUCCAUCACCAUCCUCAUUUUCUCGCAGUACAAGUUGCCUGUAUCCACUUCCAUGUGCAUCACUGGUGCGACCGUCGGUGUUGGCCUCUGCAACGGUACUUUCCGCGCUGUUAACUGGCAACGAGUUGGUCUGCUGUUUUUCUCCUGGGUUAUGACCAUCCCUAUCGCCGGACUCAUCGGUGGUGGUCUGAUGGGUCUUGCUCUCAACACUCCAAGCUGGUGA